AUGAGCACGCAGAGGCAGCAAGUGCCCAUCCGGGACCUCGUUGAGGAAGCCAAGAAGCGGAUUGUCUUUCUCGCCAUUUGCGUCAUUGGCUUAUCAUACCUCAUGUCUUUGACAAGCUCCUCUGUCUGGAUCAACUUGCCUGCUGCUGCCUUCUUGAUUGUCAUCCUUCGUUACUUCUCACUAGAUUACGAUAUGCGAAGAAAAGCUGCAGCAUACAACAGCAGACCAUCCUUGGCAAGUGCUACUUCCCAAAAAAAACCUAUUCAAUGGCCUAACACUAGUCAAAAAUCCGAGUGGAGAAGGAAAGUCAAUUCUCCUGUUGUUGAGGAAGCUAUAGAUCACUUCACCCGGCAUCUGGUUUCUGAGUUUGUGACAGAUCUUUGGUAUUCUCGUCUAACACCAGAUAGACAAGGUCCAGAAGAACUGGCGUGCAUCGUGAAUGGUGUUCUUGGGGAAAUUUCAGGACGCAUGAGGAAUAUAAAUCUAAUUGAUCUUCUCACAAGGGAUCUUAUUAAUCUCAUAUGCACUCACUUGGAGCUUUUCCGCGUAGCACAAGCAAAGAUUGAAAAACAACAAUCAGGAUUGCUGACAAUUGAAAAACGAGAUAUGGAAUUGAGACUUGUCUUGGCUGCUGCAAACAAAUUGCAUCCUGCUUUAUUUUCUGCAGAAUCUGAGCACAAGGUCUUGCAGCAUCUGAUGGAUGGCCUUAUUUCUUUUACAUUCAAGCCUGAAGAUUUGCAGUGCUCUCUCUUCCGUUAUAUUGUCAGAGAGCUUCUUGCUUGUGCAGUAAUGCGACCUGUCUUAAACUUGGCUAGUCCAAGGUUUAUUAAUGAAAGAAUUGAAUUGUUGGUCAUAAAAAUGACUGAGGCCAAAAGUGUUACUGCGGUACAAGAGGAAUCUCGAUCCAAACCAGAGGGCCCUUCGAAGAUUUCAUCUGAUCACUUUUCUAGGUUCUUAGAUCCUUCUGUUACUGGUGUUGAACUUGUGCAAUUAAAAAACGGCCAAUCCAGAACUUCUGUGGAGACACCUGUGACAGAAAAUGCGAAUGGAUCAAAAGAUCCACUGCUUAAGGUUGAUACUCAGUCUUCCCGUUCAUGGAGCUCAUUGCCAAUGAACUCCCAAAAUAGCAUUGAAAGAGGUAUAGAACGGAACCACUCGGGAGGAGAAUGGGGACAUAUGUUAGAUCUAAUGUCUCGCAGAAAGACUCAAGCCCUUGCUCCUGAAAAUUUCGAAAACAUGUGGGCAAAAGGGAGAAAUUACAAAAAGAAGGAAGGUGAAAAUCUGAUAAUUGAGCAGUCUUCUGGAGGGAAGUCAGUUACAGUGGACCAUAUUAUGGAAAAAUCUAGGCCCAAAGACAAGGAAAUUGUAUCUAAGCUCAAUUUUUCUGAGAGAAGCACUUCUCACACUGGAUGUACCACUCAGUUGAAGGUAGAAAAUGCUUUCCACCCUGGAGCUCAAAAUUUACCAAAUCACUCUCCAGUUGCUUCAUAUCAAGGAGAUGAUGAACACAACCACAUGCGGUUGGAGGAGGUUGAUUCAGGAAGCAGUACUUCUUAUACUUCUGAAGAUGAAGAGACAGACAGUGUAACAGGUCUUGAUUCUCCUGGAACUAAAGUUUGGGAUGGUAAAAGUAAUAGAAAUAUGCCAUUGUCUCACAUUCAUCACCCACUUGAAAAUUCAGAACGCCUUAUUACGAAAAGGACUGGUAAAGGAAAUCUUCACUUUCAAAGAUUGCCUAAAGCCCAGUCUGGCCAGAAAAGAUCUAGACCAAGCAAUAAGAAAGUACCCGUUUGGCAAGAGGUUGAGAGAACAAGCUUCUUGUCUGGAGAUGGACAGGACAUACUUAAUUCACCAAAAGGACAUGUAAACAUUGAGGAUUCCAGCGAUGAUUCUGACAUUGAAGGUUUGGGUAGAGUUAACAGUGGGGCAGCCACUUCUUCAUCUGCAACUUCUCUAUCUUUUGCUGGUAGUCAAAGUCUGACUUUUAAUUCCAUGAAAAAUUCUAUGGCAGUGGAUUCUUUUUUCAAGUUGAAAUGUGAGGUAUUGGGUGCAAAUAUUGUGAAGAGUGACUCAAAAACAUUUGCCGUAUAUUCCAUAUCUGUUACUGAUGUAAAUAAUAAUAGUUGGUCAAUUAAAAGAAGAUUUCGUCAUUUUGAGGAGCUACAUCGGCGUCUAAAAGAGUUUCCCGAGUACAACCUACAUUUGCCUCCAAAGCAUUUUCUGUCAACUGGUUUGGAUUUAGCUGUCAUUCAAGAACGAUGCAUAUUGCUUGACAAAUAUGUAAAGGAGCUUAUGCAGCUUCCAACAGUUUCAGGAUCCAUUGAAGUUUGGGAUUUCCUAAGUGUCGACUCCCAGACUUAUGUAUUUACAAAUUCCUUUUCUAUAAUCAAAACACUGUCAGUUAACCUAGAUGAUAAGCCAUCUGAAAAGAGUAAACAGGUUUCAAAUUUUGGUGGGCCUGUGACUGAUCCGUUUUCCUUGAAGAGGGAACCUAUAGGCACCAGAGUUAAGGAUUCUGCUUUACAAUUGAAGAAUAAUGUUGUGGCAGAUGGGUUAAGAGUGAACACAAAAGGCUCUUCUUCUCCAGUCAAAAAUUCUGGUAACGAUUUUGGAAAGUCACUUGGUGCCACUGAUUCAGAUACUAGAGGAAGAAAAGAUGCAUCUUCUCUCACAAACUUGGGUAAGACCAUACAAGGAAGAGACGAAAAAGAAAUUGAAUUGUUUGUUGAUACUGAUACAGACCCUACCCUUCCUACAGAGUGGGUGCCUCCAAAUUUAAGUGUUCCUAUCUUAGAUUUGGUGGAUGUCAUUUUUCAGCUCCAAGAUGGUGGAUGGAUCAGGCGGAAGGCUUUCUGGGUGGCCAAACAAAUACUACAGCUAGGGAUGGGUGAUGCCUUUGAUGACUGGUUAAUAGAGAAAAUCCAGCUUUUGCGUAAGGGAUGGGUGGUGGCUUCUGGGAUCAAGCGAGUUGAGCAGAUACUAUGGCCUGAUGGAAUAUUUAUAACCAAGCAUCCAAAGCGAAGACCACCAUCCACCAACCAAGCACAGAAUUCACCUCAGGGCCAGAAACCUACAGAAAUAUCACCACCUAGAUUUGAUGAGCAGCAGAAACAGGAGGCAGAUCGACAUAAUGCACCUGCAGCUAUUGUCGGUCUGGUUGGUAGUAGAGAGUAUGACAAAUGCGCCAAGGAUCUAUAUUACUUUCUUCAGUCAUCUGUUUGUUUGAAACAACUGGCUUAUGACCUUCUGGAGCUGCUACUUAUGUCGGCAUUUCCAGAGCUGGAUUAUGUGUUUAAGCAGUUGCAUGAAGAAAAGCAUAGAUUUGGCGAGUUUAAAGCGCAAUAG